GUUUUUAUAUUCCCGUGGCCGUUGCUUCGUCUCCCACGCAUAAGCAAGCAUGGAUUCAGAUACAACCAAAAAGGGUAUAGAAGUGGUUUUGAUGGCCUUGCGACGGCGGUUCUCGCUUCCGUGAAAGCGCUCUCUUUUCAUCCUUCUCUUCUUUUGGAUUCAUGGGUUGUGUGAGUGGAGAGAGCUCUGUUUCUUCUUCUUCUUCUUCUCUUUCGGGGAGCCUCUGCCGGAGAGCUUCCGCCGGAGAAGACGGGGACAAUACGGAGAUGAACGGCGACGAGUUUCCCUUCGAGAGGGUUUUCCCGGUUUACGCUAGGGGGACGCCGAAGGCUGAGUCGGACUCGCUUUUGGUGAAUUUCUCCUGUUUGGGCGCUGACCCCAUUUGGGAUGCUGUAAGGGAAGAAGCUAAGCUUGAGGCAGAGAAGGAGCCGAUUUUGAGCAGCUUCUUGUAUGCAAGUAUCUUAUCUCAUGACUGUUUGGAACAAGCUUUGGGGUUUGUUCUUGCAAAUCGUCUCCAAAACCCCACCUUGUUGGCAACUCAACUUAUGGAUAUUUUCUAUGAUGUUAUGAUGCACGAUAGAGGUAUUCAGAGUUCGAUCCGCCUCGAUGUCCAGGCAUUUAAAGAGAGAGAUCCUGCCUGUCUCUCGUAUAGUUCUGCUAUUCUUUAUCUGAAGGGCUAUCAUGGGAUUCAGGCAUACAGAAUUGCGCAUAAAUUGUGGAAUCAAGGGCGCACAGUGUUAGCUCUAGCACUGCAGAGCCGAAUAAGCGAGGUUUUUGGCAUCGACAUUCAUCCUGCUGCUAAAAUUGGCGAGGGGAUAUUGCUGGAUCAUGGAACAGGUGUGGUCAUAGGUGAGACUGCUGUUAUAGGCAACCGAGUCUCGAUUUUGCAUGGCGUGACUUUGGGCGGAACUGGGAAGGAAACUGGUGACCGCCAUCCAAAAGUAGGUGAUGGAGCACUGCUUGGAGCUUCUGUGACUAUACUCGGCAACAUAAGGAUAGGUGCUGGUGCAAUGGUAGCUGCUGGCUCGCUUGUGUUAAAGGACAUUCCCUCGCAUAGCAUGGUAGCUGGAAAUCCUGCGAAAGUGAUUGGGUUUGUCAAUGAGCAAGACCCGUCUCUGACAAUGAAACACGAUGCUACCAAAGAGUUCUUUCAACAUGUAGCCGUUGCUCAUCGAGGUGCAAAACAAAAUGGAGUUUCAAGGAACGGACACACAAACGGGACAACAUGAGAACGUGCCCCCACCCCAUCACUUGCAGUUGCAAGCUUCUUUAUAUACAGUGGCAUCAAGACAAUGGCUUUCAGCGCUGUCGGCUCAGAGGAGUUUCCCUAUAAAUACUUCAGAAAAACGUUUUUCUUCCCAAGUCAUGGAUAUUUAUGAAUAUUUGGAAGUUCCAGCGAGUGACAACAACACUUCUUCAAUCUUUUA